AUGGUGAUCGAUGAGGAAGCCAAAGAUCACCGUUGGGUAAUCGUGGUUUCGAUUCUGGUCCGUAAGAUCAUCAGACUUCUCCGUACACCUAUGGAAUACACAGGUUUCAUCGUUGACUUUUUCCUCAAUCUCUUCUCUGCAAAUGGUGGCUUCUUCGGUUUGCUUUUCGGGUUAAUUCGAGCGAAAGUUGUGAUACCAGAAAGAGGCACUGUGACGUUUGUUAGUACAAUUGGGCAACUUGAUGGGAGAAUUGAUCUUUAUAAAGGUUGGAAUUUCGUCGAACACUUGGAGAGCAUUGAUUCGGUCAAUUCGGGUUCUUCAGGAAGCGUUAGGAUCGAACCGGGAAGUCGUGGGCUUAUGGAUUUGUGUGUGAUGGCUUCGAAGCUUGCGUAUGAGAACGCUAAGGUUGUUGAAAAUGUAGUUAAUCUCCAUUGGAAGAUGAAUCUGGUGGAGUUCUUGGAUUGUUGGAAUGAUUAUCAGAAGCAGAUGUCUACACAAGUUUUUAUACUUACUGAUAAGCAGAAAGAUGCAAACUUGAUACUAAUAAGCUUCAGAGGCACUGAACCGUUUGAUGCAGACGAUUGGGGAACCGAUGUCGACUAUUCUUGGUACGAAAUCCCCAAUGUGGGGAAGCUUCACAUGGGUUUCAUCGAAGCAAUGGGUUUAGGCAAUAGAGACGACACUCCCACUUUCCGUUACCAUCUCUUCGAACGAACCUCAUCCGAGGAAGAGAAUCAUGAAAAUAAUCUCUUAGAUAUGGUAGAGAGAAGCGCCUACUACGCUGUCCGAAAAACUCUGAAACGUUUGCUUUCGGAACAUGAAAAUGCCCAAUUUGUAGUUACGGGUCACAGCUUAGGUGGUGCUUUAGCGAUAUUGUUUCCCACAUUGUUGGUGUUGAAAGAGGAGACAGAGAUGAUGAAGAGGCUGCUUGGAGUUUACACGUUUGGACAACCGAGAAUCGGAAACAGAGAGAUCGGGAAUUUCAUGAAAGCUCAACUGAAUCACCCCGUGGACCGAUACUUUCGAGUUGUAUACUGCGACGAUCUUGUCCCGAGAUUGCCUUACGAUGACAAGACUUUCCUCUACAAACAUUUUGGACUCUGUCUUUACUACGACAGCUUCUACAACGAGGCAAAAGCAGAGGAUGAGCCGGAUCCAAACCCUUACGGUCUGCGUUACGCGAUUCUUGGUCAUGUAAACGCUGCCUGGGAGUUGGUUAGAGGCUUGACAAUGGGGUACAUUUAUGGACCGGAUUAUAAAGAAGGAUGGUUUAGGAUCUUGUUUAGGCUCAUGGGGCUGUUACUUCCAGGUCUGUCGGAUCAUUGCACGAAUGAUUACGUUAACUCGGUUAGGCUUGGACCUGAUUAUGACCUUCAGAUGUCCCCUCUUUGA